AUGAUAAAGUCGGUGGUCGUCGUCAACACUCAAGGAAAACCAAGAAUUGUUCGUUUUUAUGAUGGAACAACCCAUGUAUAUAAACCUUAUUUCUUGUCUGAUCUGCCUAUACACCGCAGCCACAAGAAAAACAACAACAUACAUUUUGCUACUCUUUUCUUUAUCUUUGUGACGGAUAACCUCGAGAGCGAAUUGGGUAUACUUGACCUCAUACAGGUAUUUGUUCAAGUAUUGGAUGCAUGCUUUGAGAAUGUUUGCGAACUUGAUCUUGUCUUCCAUUAUGACAAGAUAAAUUAUAUAUUAGAUGAAAUAAUUGUAGGAGGUAAGAAACUUAAUAAUUAA